UAGCUCUGUCACUCUUGGAGAUAGAUAUAGAGAGAGAACCGAACGGUUUAGCGAUGGUGAGAGAUAUUGACGACCUACCGAAGAACGCCGCCAACUGCACCGCCCUCACUCCCCUUUUGUUCCUAGAAAGGGCGGCGUUGGUUCAUCCAAAUCGCAAAUCGGUGAUCCACGGAGAAAGAACCUACACUUGGCUCCAAACGCAUCGCCGCUGCUGUCAAUUGGCCUCUGCCCUUAACCGCCGCUCCGUCACCUUCGGUAGCACGGUGGCUGUAAUCGCUCCAAACAUUCCUGCUCUAUAUGAAGCUCAUUUUGGAAUUCCAAUGUCAGGAGCUGUGAUUAACCCUGUUAAUAUUCGUCUGAACGCUUCGACCGUGGCUUUCCUUUUGGAGCAUUCUUCUGCCGCGGUUAUAAUUGUGGAUCAAGAAUUUUUCUUAUUAGCAGAGGAAGCCUUGAAAAUCUGGUCUGAAAAAACUAAAACCAAAUUCAACCCUCCUGUGUUAGUUGUCAUAGCCGAUGAAACCUGUGACCCAAAAUCAUUGAAAUAUGCACUGACAAAAGGAGCUAUGGAAUACGAACAGUUCUUGCAAACCGGUGAACCUGAUUAUCAAUGGAAACCGCCACAAGACGAGUGGCAAAGCAUCUCUUUGGGAUACACUUCUGGCACCACGGCUAGCCCUAAGGGAGUCGUGUUGCAUCAUCGUGGUGCGUAUCUAAUGGCUCUAAGUUGCGCUCUUGUUUGGAAGAUUGAUGAAGGAGCGGUUUAUCUAUGGACUUUACCCAUGUUCCAUUGUAACGGUUGGUGUUUCCCUUGGACACUCGCUGCCCUCUGCGGAACCAAUAUAUGUCUUCGCCAGGUUUCUGCUAGAGCGAUUUACAAAGCAAUAGCAGAGUAUGGUGUGACACAUUUCUGCGCCGCCCCUGUCGUGCUAAACACGAUUAUAAAUGCAGGGGAGGACGAAACCAUCCUCCCGCUUCAUCGAGUGGUCGAUGUAAUGACAGCUGGGGCGGCGCCACCUCCUCCUAUUCUCUCCGCCAUGUCAGAACUCGGUUUUCGUGUCACCCACACUUAUGGACUAUCCGAAACGUAUGGACCCUCAACCGUUUGCGCGUGGAAGUCUGAAUGGGACGAGCUCUCGUCGGAGAAUCGAGCCAAGCUCCACUCCCGACAAGGCGUUCGUUAUGUUGGCUUGGAAGGAUUAGACGUUGUCGAUACAGAGUCGAUGAAGCCAGUGCCGUCGGAUGGGAAAACGAUUGGAGAGAUUGUAAUGCGCGGGAAUGUUGUUAUGAAGGGAUAUUUGAAAAAUCCGAAAGCCAAUGAGGAGAGUUUUGCGGGCGGGUGGUUUCAUUCUGGCGAUCUUGGAGUGAAACAUAAGGAUGGGUAUAUCGAAGUGAAGGAUAGGUCAAAAGACAUCAUUAUAUCGGGUGGGGAGAAUAUAAGUAGCGUGGAGGUGGAGAAUUUGUUGUAUUUACAUCCUAAGGUUAUGGAGGCCUCUGUGGUGGCGAGAAAAGACGAGAGAUGGGGAGAGUCGCCGUGUGCGUUUGUGACUUUGAAGAAAGGUGUGGAUAAUUCGAACGAGGGUCAAUUGGCGGAGGACAUAAUUAAGUUUUGUCGUUCAAAAAUGGCUGCUUAUUGGGUUCCGAAAUCGGUCUUUUUUGGUCCUUUGCCGAAGACCGCGACUGGGAAGGUGCAAAAACAUGUGUUGAGGAAGAAGGUUGAAGAAAUGGGAGCUUUGAAACAAAGCAAACUUUAAGGUUUCUAUUUAGAAACAACACCAAUCAAAUAAGAUAAUAUGCUUUUAUUGAGAAACAAUAACUAUCAAAUUCUCGGCAUAUUUGUGUAAUAAUACAAUCCUAAUUGGCAAAAGACCAUCUUGAAAGGCCCAUGUUUAACCCUUCUUUCUAAUAGAGGCAAUAAAUUUGUUUUUA